CUGGAGGCGGCGGCGGCGGCGGCGGCGGCGGGGCGGUUGCUAUGGAUCCCCUGGAGGCCUUGUUCAGCCCCGAUGUGGGAGUUGGGGCCGGGGGCCGGCGCCUGGGCCCCGGGGCCGGCUCCUUCUGGACGGCGGUGUUCGACUACGAGGCGAGCGCCGAGGACGAGCUGAGCCUGCGGCAGGGCGGCGUGCUGGAGGUGCUGUCGACGGACGCCAAGGUGUCGGGCGACGAGGGCUGGUGGACGGGCAAGAUCGGCGAGCGGGUCGGCAUCUUCCCGGCCAACUACGUGACCCGCCAGCCGGCCCGGACCCGGCCCCAGGCGGCCGAGCUGCCGGGACAGGCCGGGCCGGGGGCCCAGGCCGCCACCGAGAUCGAGUUCAGCCAGCUGACCCUGCAGGAGAUCAUCGGGGUCGGCGGCUUCGGCAAGGUCUACCGGGGCACCUGGAAGGGGCAGCCGGUGGCCGUCAAGGCGGCCCGCCGGGACCCCGACGAGGAGGUGGGCGCCACGGCCGAGAGCGCCCGCCGGGAGGCCCGCCUCUUCGCCAUGCUCCGGCACCGCAACAUCAUCGCCCUCCGCGGCGUCUGCCUGCAGGAGCCCAACCUCUGCCUGGUCAUGGAGUACGCCCAGGGCGGGCCCCUCAACCGGGCCCUGGCCGGACGCCGCAUCCCGCCCCGCACCCUCGUCAACUGGGCCGUGCAGAUCGCCCGCGGGAUGUGCUACCUUCACGCCGAGGCCAUCGUGCCGAUCAUCCACCGGGACCUGAAAUCCAGCAACAUUUUGUUACUUGAGAAGAUUGAAAAUGAUGAUAUAGCUAACAAGACACUGAAAAUCACGGACUUUGGCUUGGCCAGGGAGUGGCACAAAACGACCAAGAUGAGUGCUGCAGGAACCUAUGCUUGGAUGGCACCUGAGGUUAUCAAAUCAUCUAUGUUUUCCAAAGGCAGUGAUGUCUGGAGCUAUGGCGUAUUGCUGUGGGAAUUACUGACUGGAGAAGUCCCUUAUCGUGGGAUUGAUGGCCUUGCAGUAGCUUAUGGAGUAGCUGUCAACAAAUUAACCCUUCCUAUUCCCUCUACAUGUCCUGAACCAUUCACCAAACUAAUGGAAGAAUGCUGGGACCAGGAUCCUCACGUCCGUCCAAAUUUCGCUAACAUUUUGGAACAACUCACUGCUAUCGAAGCAACAGUCAUAACUGAUUUACCCCAAGAAUCCUUUCACUCAAUGCAAGAUGAUUGGAAAAUGGAAAUACAGCAAAUGUUUAAUGAGCUGAGGACAAAGGAAAAAGAGUUGCGAUCACGAGAGGAGGAGCUGACGAGAGCAGAGCUGCAGCAGAAGUCCCACGAGGAGCUGCUGAAAAGACGGGAGCAGCAGCUGGCAGAACGGGAGAUUGAUGUGCUGGAGCGUGAGCUGAACAUUCUUAUCUUCCAGCUGAAUCAAGAGAAACCAAAAGUGAAGAAAAGAAAAGGCAAGUUCAGGAAAAACCGACUAAAGCUAAAAGAUGGAAAUCGAAUCAGUUUACCUUCAGAUUUUCAGCACAAGAUCACCGUUCAAGCCUCUCCGACUCUCGACAAGCGGAAAAGCUUGAAUGGCAGCAGCUAUAGUCCACCAAGCAGCCCCACCAUCAUCCCACGACUAAGAGCUAUACAGCUGAGCUCCAGAACAGAUGCUGCCAACUCCAGUGGCCACCGCAACAGCAUAUAUGUAUACCAACAGGAUGUGGAUAUCGCAAGUGAAUAUACAAGCAAAUCCCUCAGUAGGGCUAAGGCAAAAGUUACCCUUGAUGAGAGCAAUAGAACCUGGGGUAAAAGCACCAUCUACCGACAGGAAGAUUAUGAUGAAGAGGUGCAGAAAGCUUGCAAAAAAAAAGGGCGUACUUGGGGACCUAGUUCUAUGCAAACCAAGGAGCGAGCCAGUUGUGAGGAAAGGACAAGGCCUUUGUCAGAUGGAAACAAUCCGUGGUCUACAAGUUUAUUGAAGACUCCAACUUUACCUCUAACCUCAGUUUUUGCAAAUGUUCCAGACCAGGGGAGCACUUCUGAACAGACACGAGCAGCUGAAGACUAUGAAAAUCGACCAAAGCAGUCCAAAUUACCUAAUCAGGUGUAUAUUGAUCUACCUCUUCGUAAAGAUCAUCAGGGAGAGGGAGAUGGCGGUAAUGAAAGCCAAGAGGAGGUGACUCCCAUCAGUUCAGCCAACAGCACGCCACAAGUCACUCCCACAAACAGCCUGAAGCGAUUGACACAGAGGAAGAAAACUGAUAUGGUACUGUAUGGGUGUGCUGUGCUGCUUGCAUCUGUGGCCUUGGGGUUUGAUGUCAGAGAAGUGAAUAAAUCGCAGGUUUCGGAGGAAAUUGAGGUCAAAGAGGAGAAGAAGAAAAAGGAGGGCCUCUUUCAGAGAACCGGCAGGUUCCGCAGGAGCACAAGUCCUCCAAACAGGACAGUGUCCAGGAAGGAGGAAACAAACAUUCCCUCACUGAACUCACACGCUGUUAAUCUCUUGUCAAUGUCUUCCAUAUCCAAAUGUAAUUCCACGAGGUCCUUGCUCCGGUCGGACAGCGAGGAUACAUCUGUUUGUAACACACCCCUCAGUUCAGACGCUGUCAUACACAGACCAGAAUUCUUGACUGACAAUCCUUUGAAUGGUUCUGUAAACGGGGUACACAAGGACCUGGAUGAGUCGCCUUUGUCGGAUGCAGGCAUGCCCGUUUUUGUGCAUCUGAAAGAAUCCAGUGCGGUGCCAGCAGAGGGAGCUGCUAAUCACAAUGUAACCCACCAUGGCCAGCUGCCAUCAGAUGGAAGCCCAGCCACUAAUGGAGUUUCUGAUUCCAGUCCACGUAGAGAGUCAUCAGAGUUCCCACGUCUUCCAGAUCCCAAAACCAUAUAUCCAGCGUCUGCAAGACGAAGAGCUGCAAAAAGGGAUGCUACACCCGAGAGACCAAAAUCUGGGGACAUGGUGCCUCGGCCUCGACCUUCUUUGUCCCGAAUCAGAACAGACCCCUGGCGACUUGUGUCUCAGUCGAUCAGCCAAAACGAGCCCUCGGAAGGUUCAGGAGAUGCCACAGUGCCUAGUUUGGACAUACUUCUCACAACUGAACGCCAACCCAGUUUGCCCUUUGCUGCCUGCUCUCUACUCGACAUGGACAUGGAAGGCCAAAGCCAGGAUGGCACAGUGCCCCUCUGCAGAAGUGAAUCCAAGCCUAGCAAACCAAGCGGCUUUGAACUGGCGAGAGAGUUUUUGUCUUAGCACUCACUGCCUUGGAGACGGGACCAUAUGAACAUUCCAUUUUUUAAAAUUUGGAGCGAAAAUAUAUGAAUGCAAUGGACCUUUUUUGGAAAAAGAAAUGUGAACAGAAUGUAAUUUUUUUUUCAAGGCGUUGUGUGACACCUUUUCUACUGUAGGCCCGUGGGGUCAUAUCUGAUCAGGACAGAUGAAGAAUAUCAUCUCACAACUUCGCCCUCUUUAUUAACACCCAAUCCUCACAUCCUGGAUCCAAGCUGGAUUUGAUCUUGGUCACUGGCACAGAAGAACUGUCUAUCCUGCACCUAGCUCUGGCUCUCAGAUUUGGGAAAGGAAGUGCAUUUUGUUGCUGGCAAACUCAAGAUCAAUCGACUGCAUGUGGAACUGGAGGAUCAGUUUUGCAUGUAGCCCUUGGUAUUUUGCACUUUGAAUGUAUUAAACAUGACAAAAUUUUAUCUGAGGUCAUUACAGGUGUGCCCAUUCCAUAUUUAAAUUGCAAGUCUGAUUGGGCUUUUUGGGUCACUUGCCUAAACAAAAAAAAACUUAAUUAGUCUUUUAUGCAUUAAACCUUCUACUGUGAUCUAAGAAUUUUAACACUCUCUUAUUGACUGGUAUGAAUUAUGUUUUCUUCUAGCUCACAAUUUUGAUUUUUAUUUCUCCCUGACAGAGAGCGAUGGUAUCCCUUUUAGUGUUGUUCCACAUAGUUACCUUCUCAAAUGCCAAUUUUUGUGGUAGUCACUAUGCAAACUCAAUUUAAAUGCUGCAGUUUAUCACAUAUUUGAUUGACAAAAUUUCCACGCUCCAUGAAUGCUGAAGGCUGAUGAAACAGCCAUUUUGCACAGAUUGCGAAUGACUUUUUUAAAAAUAAAAAAUGAAUUGGUGAUGCUUUCCCCCUCCCCUCUGCCCACCAGCCACAUCACCCAAAGGCUCAUGAUUCUGUCACUGUGCCACAGAGCCUAACAAUAUCCCAGGCUUCUUACCCGGUGUGUACUGAGUCAACUGAUCCCAGUCAGAGUGACAAUUAAGAGUGCUACAAUUGACUGUAGCACCCUUAGCUUUGCACUGGUCACUAUAUAGCGGACCUUUGCUAUUAAGUGCAACUGUUGUAAGGAUGGAACUGGACCAGAAUGUCAUGUCCUUGCAUUGAAAUAAUCUGCCAAUGCUAACUGUUGACUCACGCAUGAAUUAUGACACUUUGGGUGAGGUAAUUCAGGAGGUGUCAGUUGCACAUAGAACUGUACCCCAUUGAGGGAGUUGACAUCAUCAAGAAAGGAUGAGCGAAGAUGGGUGAAUAAAAGCUGUAACUUGCACUAUGUAAACCAACAAAAGGGAUACUGUGUAAAAUGUAGUUGCAAUAAUACAUACUUUUGUGUUACCUGGAACAAAAUCUGCAGUUUACAAAAGGAACUAAAAUACUGAGAUAUUGCUACUUAGAUCUGAAGUCUUAAUCUGGAAUAAUUUCUGAGAACUAUAACUAUUUCUGAAUAAGUUUAGGAGGGUUAUCUUUUAAUUGACAGUGACCCUGGGAUUAAUGGCUCACUGUUUUUGGAAGUUAAAUUUCAGAAAAUUGUAGCUAUGAUUAUGUCCAUUAAUUAUAAGGUCAUAAAAAAACUCCACAUCCAAGGAAUUUUUAAAUUUCAAAUUUUAUCUUUGUAAAAGCCACUGAAAGACUGGAAUUAGUUAAUAUUCAGCUUUUUUAAAUAGUGCUUCCUCACUUUGUGGGGGGGAGGUGGGGUGGGAGGCUGUGAAAGCUUUUGUGAUAAGUUUGUGGAGUGUGAUCACUUCACCUUUGGUUUACAUUUAUCUGCCUUCUUAUUACCUUAAUCUAUUCUGUUCAAGCUGCAUUGAUCCACUAAGCAGACAUAACUUGGAAAGCAAUGCACAAUAGCAUAUGUAAAAUAUUCUGCUGCUAGUUCUCAACAAAUGUGACAAGCCUCCUUGAAAAAUUAGUUUGUGUAAAAUGUAAUCUUCAUGCCGAAGAUGUAAUUUUUACAGGUCUGUUUGAACACUGAUUUCUUUCAUGCUGUCUAGCGCCAGCUAUCGGAUUUAGAUUGACUGUAUUUAACUUGUCCUGAUUUGUAAUCCAUUGGUCUCCAGAUGCAUCUCAGUACUCAGUUUGCCUUAUUGUCACUUUAUCCUAACUAGAUGCUUCAGGGUACAAUCAACUGUCACUUCCAAGUCCUUUUUAUAGCAGUAAUCCCUCACAAAGUUGUAUGGUUUACAUAGUGAUGUUAAAUGGUUGUUGAAAGAAAAUUGCUCCAUUAACACAUCUUGAAGAUAUUUCUACUUUUUUCCAGUAGAUGGUUAACUUUGGAUAUUGCACAACCAGGAGCUGAGCUAUAAGUAUAAAUUAUUGUAUUCCACUGUACCAAACAAAAGCCAAUCCUUAGUUUUCAGUAACAACUGUAGCUGAGCUCUGGCUUUUGCUGCGUUUUUUUUUAGUCUGAAAUGUGUAAAAUUAUAAAAAUUUGUGGGACUUUUUUUCCAUGUACUAUGGGACUUACACUGAAUUUGGUAAGCUAAUAGACAUUUUUCUUCAUAGCAGUACAACCAGUAGAUCCAUACAAAUUUGCUGAUCCACCUUCAUUUUCUUUAGCCUCCUUUUACAGCUCUACAGUAGAUGUGCUAAGUAGGUUCAGUCGGCCACUUGCUUUAGGCUGUACUUGGUGCCAGAGUUCCAGACUGUAUGUGUAGUUCUAAGCACCAUCGAAAGAAACCCUUUUCUCCCAGAUUGCCCUGAAGAAUGAUUUUUUUUUUCAGCUGACCUGCAUUGGAUCAUUUCAUUUAUACAACAGUAAAAAGCAUCUAUGUUUAGGCUGUUGUGGAGGUAUGGGGCUAGUCCUUUGAACAUUUCUAAAAUGAAAUCAUGUUACAGCAGUGGGGUUUGAGCUCCUCCUGUUUGAAAUGAGUCAUAAAGGGUAUAGUUGCUCACAAGUUAAAUGAUAAAGGAAUCCAAUACGAGGACUGUGUACCUCUGUGGAUUGUACCUGUUCUUGUAAGAAUCUUUUGUUUUAAAUUAUAUCUUUUUGUACGUGUACCAGUGACCAGUAAUAAUCAGGGAAAAGCAAGAGGAUCCAGUGUGAUUGAGUUUUCUAAGGGUGAAUUUUUUUCAAUCACACGAUUGUCUUUUUUGUUUAAAGUUGUCCAGUAAUUACAAAAUUUUAAUUUAGAAAAUGGAACAUUGACGUGUAAUCCAACUGAUUCAUCUUGCCAGUGUUAUUGUGCAUUUUAAAACUAGCUAAGCUUUUUAAAUAACUGGUUGUCGAUGGAGCAUUGUCAUCUCUUACCUCUGUUCAAAUACAAUCUUAGUUUAUUUUUAAAAGCAUUAAUUACUGUACAUUGAGAGACUGAUUCCGACUCUUGUUACUCGAAUCAUUUAUUUGUUCUAUGAUUUUUCAGUAAAAUAAGGAAGCUAUUUGUACCACUAUGUAAAUCAUCUGUCAAAGGUCUUUUCACUUGAAGAUGCUGCUUUAUAUAUUUGUUUAGUUGUAUUUUUACUGCAGUUUGAGACUUUGAAUAAUAUUUAUGUAAAAUCUUAGGUAUUAAAUAAGAACUUGUUUUAUAUUUUGCCAAGCGGGCUUGGUCCAUGCUGAAUCCCAACAAAGGCUAGCGGGAGUCCUUUUUGAGAAGCUCAGCAUCAGAGUACGUGUAUAGCCCAUUUUGUUUCCCUCUUCUAAACAUAUUGUUCUGAUAUGAAAGCUCUUUUUACAGAAAAAUACCAUUGUUGAUUUCACAGUUAAUCAUGUAUAGAUGGAGCAAAAAUGGCAGAAAAUAAUUCUGUUGGACAGUUUAGCCUAAACAAGUCUUGAUCACUGGUUAGUGCCACUGUUUACUUUGGUGAAGUGAAAUCUCUUCAUUUACUUGUAAUGUAGCCUAUCACUGAUAGGAACAUGGGAAUUAGGAGUGGGCCAUUCUGUCCCUCAAGCCUUUUCCACCAUUUAAUUAGAAAGUGGCUGAUCUGUACCUCAACUCAUCACCUUGAAAUCAACUCAUCACCUGGAAAAUCCAUACAAAAUUCUCAAAUUGGUCCAUCUCAGUCUUGAUUUGGUCCCCCAGUCUUUGGAGGAGACUGUUCCAUAUUUAAACUACCCCUUUGGAUAAAAAGAUGCUUUCUGGUGCUCCUAUAUCAUAUAGCUCUAAUUUAAAGAUUGAGGGGUGAACAGAGAGGUUAAAAUCGUUUAAUGUUAAUUGUUUGAAUCUGGCUUUGUGUAAAUGACACAAUAAACAGAUUGGUGCCGUCCAUUAUAAAUUUCCUUCCUGGAUAAGGAAAAAAUUUUACUAGUAUUUUUGCUUCAGCAAACUGGUUUCAAUCAUUGAACACAGUUGCCUUUUUAAAAAACAUAUAUCCAUGGUGGAAUCUUCCAGCAGUGUAUGUGUACUCUGCUGCUGUCUAUACACACGCUAUCGGGCCUGGCUAUCAUACCCUCUGUAUUUAAUUAAUCUGAAACCUAUUUUGUAAGCUCUCACAUGCAUGAACUAGAGGGCAGCUAGUACCCAUGGAGCUUAUAUGCCUGGAAGAAUCAGUCCAUACGUAAGAGGAAAGGAAGAAACAACUUUUUUUGCCAUUACAUUUCUUUCUCACUUUAAAACUAAAUCUAAUCAAGACAUUAGUCCAAUCUAUCAAACGUUUUGCAUUAUCCAGCCAUCCCCAAUUAAAAUCUAUUGUCAUAAAGCGUGUUCUUCAGCCAAGGCCCUGUUCAGUAUUUAAGUAUGGUUAGUAUUUGAUGUCCAUGGAGUAUUAUGUUGGUGAGAAGUACAGGAAGAUUUUGGUGUGUCCACUGGCCAAACACAGAAAAGAUCUCCCAAAGUGUCUUGCUGCCAGGGGCAGUGAAAAUGCUUCUAAUCGUCCUUAGUUGUUCUUCGUUUGCAGGCACAGGAUAGAGAAGAUCUAACUCCGGCAUAAUCUAUUGUGGAAAUUAGACUCCCCCUCCCCCCCCAAUUCCCAUCCCAUUUGAGACAAUACCAUGGUGGAAUUUUCCAUCUUAGAAGUUAUCUUACUCUACACUAGAACUUUAAUAUAAAAGCAGUUGAUAUAAGAACUUGGCUAACUGUUUUAAUGUAAGAUAAGUCUUAAGUCGGCUUGUUUUAUAAAGUGAAUUAUGUUUGAAUGUAUCUGUUUUCAUCAGGAUAAAAAUUGAAGAUUUGUUACUAUUAAGAUCAGUCAAAAUCAAAGUACAUUUUUUUCAACUAAGUUAUUACAUACAUGGAAAGCAAUACGCUUAUGUAUUUGGAUUUUUUUUUAAAUCUAUCAAAUGUUUACAUUGGUGUCUAAGUUGGAAACAAGGCAGUCUGAUGAUGCUCCAUGCAAUACUACAGUUAAAUACACCUCAGCUUAUACCUUAAGUAACUGUAGCUUUCCUAUUUUGAAUUGAAUAUAUUGGUGUGAAAUAUUUUCAGCCAACUUGAAUUAGAACCGAUUUAAUAAUGGGUUUUUCGGUCCCCGUUUUUAUCAGCUUCCUUUUGGGUCAGGCCCUUCCCAGCCCACACAGGUAAAAGAUUUUCCUGAGCUUCAGACAGGCAGUCUUGAUUGAUUGAUUGUACAUAACUAGAAGCUGGAUGAGUGAUGGCAUAUCGGGAAUGAGUUACAGACUCAGUUGGUUCCCCUUCUAACCAGACACCAUUUGCCAUUUGGGUAGCAUUAGGAACAAUUCUGCAUCCUCCCACUGCAAUGGGGAAAGUCUUAUCCUCAAUAAAUAUGAAGUUGGAGGGAAGAAAUGUCAUCUGACUGAUACCAUACCAAACAGAAUCCAUGUAAUGACCUAUCUUGCUCAUCACUGCAGCCUUUUAAGAAUAAAAUCAUUUGACAGUUGUUACUUCAAAAGAACCUCCUACCUGCCUUGGUGGUUGGAGGGGAGUUAGCCAUUUCUAUUAGCAUCUAAACUUCAAUUUCCCUCUCCCCAGCACUCCCCUUAAUUCAAGGAAAAUAAAUUAAUUCUUAAAAUACUAAAAGUAAUACAGUAUUAACCAAGUUUUUUAUUCAAAUUACAAAAAUAAUUUUGCAAACUGCUCUGGGUGUUACCCCUCCCUGAUGCUGGGCUGGUGUUGUGAAAGAUUGAUGUAUAACUACAUUGUUUCUGUGCCUUAAAAUGCUAUUUUGAAUUAAAUGCAGUGGGUUGAAACCAAAAGGCCACUUUGAUUGAAAAGGAUACUGUAUUGGGUGAAGCUUUGCUUACUGCAUGUUACCACUCUAGGUAAUAGACCAAAUGGUAGAAUGUACUAUUGUAUUGAAGGACUCUAUUCUGCUGCCAUACUGCUGUGUGCAUACUCUGAUUUAGACUGAGUUAAUCUGCACAUUCCAACAAAAAAUAUUUAAACUAUAAAGUAUUUGGGUUAAACAGCCUAUUACAUUUGUAUUGCAAAUCAUAACUUUCACUUGUUGGGUUUCUGCAAUACAGUACAUAGCUGCGCACACCUCCGUGGUCAAAGUGCCCAUGUGCACUUUGCCUUAAAGGAAAGGUGGUUGAACAAUGACAGAAUUAUUCCUUUUUCACAGAUUGUGUAAACUGAAUAGUUGGCACAGAUGGGAUGGAUGUAAUUGGACAGUAUGCUCUGCUUGUCAGUUUUACUUGUAUCACGGGUGCUGUUUGGAAUAGAGUGUUAACACUGUUACAGUACAAAUCUACAAUGGGAUGUGUAUACUACUGAAUAUUUUUCUUUAGCUAUAAAUUUUUUGUAUUUUAAGUUGUAGUUGGCACCCGUGCUACUGUUAAGGAAAAUCACUGCAUCACUUUCUGCAAAAGGAUAUUUGUAUGAGUUAAUUGUGCUGUACAGUGAAUUUUGGCACUUUUUGGCCAAUACAAGAAGCACAUCAGUUUUAAUAAAAACACCAUUUUUUCAGUAA